CGGUCUGGUUCGCCCCCCGCCCCCUCCCUCCGCCUCGCCGCUUGGGUUCUCAAUCGUUUCCUCCCCACUCCCACCGCCCCCCUACCAUGGCGGACGAAGCCAACCGAGCGGCUUUCGUGGAGCUACAGGGUCGGAUGAUCGACACCACCGGGAAGAUCAAGCAGUUGCAAACUCAGAUGCGCUCCAAAGAGGGUGAAAAGAAGCGUGCCUAUCUCACACUGGAGGAACUUCAGCAAUUGCCAGAUAACACAAACACUUACAAGACUGUUGGUAAAGUGUUUAUUUUGGAACCAAAAUCACUCCUGCUAAAUGAACAAGAACAAAAGCUUAAUGAUAGUGAAAGUGCAAUAGCAUCGAUGCAGACUUCCAAGGAAUAUCUUGAGAAACAGUUGGCAGAAGUGGAGAACAACAUAAGAGAGCUACUUCAGCAGGACCCUGGGCUAGCACGCCAGAUCCUCUCAAUGACAGUUCAGUGAAAAGUAGUAUUUUCUAUAUUCGUGAAUUCAGUUUAUCGGAUGUGAUGCUAGAAUAUGAUUAUUCAGCACAACUUGCUUUUGCUCCUGAGAUGGUUGCAGUGCUUCACUGUAAUCGGAUAGUGUAUAUCUGCAUUCUGCAUUGUGGAAUUUGUUUGCUGAUGGGUUGA